AGUUGUGUCUUGUGCGUUGUGCGGUGAAGUUGCGCCUUCGUUCUGAAACCUGAAAAGCUGAGAAUCAGAACUGCUGAACAUCAGAACCUCUGAACCUCUGAACAUCUGAGCAUCUGAACGUCUGAAAAUCCAGCAGAUACUCGGACCGUGCGGCGCAUCCUUCUCCAGACUGAGAGCGAGAUCCGAUUCCAGCCUUAGCCUUCCACUCCACAAAUCGCCACUUUCGAGAUGAGAGAAAUUGUUCACCUGCAGGCCGGCCAGUGUGGCAACCAGAUCGGCGCUAAGUUCUGGGAGAUCAUUUCCGAGGAGCACGGCAUCGACAGCAAUGGCAUCUACGUGGGCGACAGCGACCUGCAGCUGGAGCGCGUCAGUGUCUACUACAACGAGGCAUCGGCAGUCACGCGGUCCUCGGGCGGCAAGUACGUGCCCAGGGCCAUCCUGCUCGAUCUGGAGCCGGGAACCAUGGAGUCGGUGCGCUCCGGUCCCUACGGCCAGCUCUUCCGCCCGGACAACUUCGUGUACGGACAGUCGGGAGCGGGCAACAACUGGGCCAAGGGUCACUACACCGAGGGCGCCGAACUGGUGGACCAUGUGCUCGACGUGGUCCGCAAAGAGUGCGAGAACUGCGACUGCCUGCAGGGCUUCCAACUGACGCACUCGCUGGGCGGCGGCACUGGCUCCGGAAUGGGCACCCUGCUGAUCUCGAAGAUCCGCGAGGAGUACCCCGACCGCAUCAUGAACACCUACUCGGUGGUGCCCUCGCCCAAGGUGUCGGACACCGUGGUGGAGCCCUACAACGCCACCCUGUCGAUCCACCAGCUGGUGGAGAACACAGACGAGACGUACUGCAUCGACAACGAGGCGCUGUACGACAUCUGCUUCAGGACGCUGAAGGUGUCCAAUCCCAGCUACGGAGACCUCAACCACCUGGUCUCGCUGACCAUGUCCGGGGUGACCACCUGCCUGCGCUUCCCCGGCCAGCUGAACGCCGAUCUGCGCAAGCUGGCGGUCAACAUGGUACCAUUCCCGCGUCUGCACUUCUUCAUGCCCGGCUUCGCGCCGCUCACCUCGCGGGGAUCGCAGCAGUACCGCGCCCUCACCGUCCCGGAGCUGACCCAGCAGAUGUUCGACGCCAAGAACAUGAUGGCCGCCUGUGAUCCGCGCCACGGUCGCUACCUCACGGUGGCCGCCGUCUUCCGAGGACGCAUGUCCAUGAAGGAGGUGGACGAGCAGAUGCUGGCGGUGCAGAACAAGAACAGCUCCUACUUCGUCGAGUGGAUCCCGAACAACGUGAAGACGGCGGUGUGCGACAUCCCGCCCAAGGGCCUCAAGAUGUCCUCCACGUUCAUCGGCAACACCACCGCCAUCCAGGAGCUGUUCAAGCGGAUCUCCGAGCAGUUCUCGGCCAUGUUCCGGCGCAAGGCCUUCCUCCACUGGUACACCGGCGAGGGCAUGGACGAGAUGGAGUUCACCGAGGCGGAGAGCAACAUGAACGACCUGGUCUCCGAGUACCAGCAGUACCAGGAGGCCACCGCCGACGACGAGUUCGACCCGGAGGUCAAUCAGGAGGAGGUCGAGGGCGAUUGUAUUUAAUGGUGUGGCCAGAGGAAUGAGGGGCGUGCGUGACGGCGGGGGGCAUAGGGAUGUCCGCUUUCUGCGCGGCAUGCGCCACCAGCUGGCGGCCAAGCACUGCAGCAUCCUGUGACCACCGCCGUGGAACACACACACACACACAAACAGUCACAGCAGACGCAGACCACACACCACCACAAUCAUCACACACGGACACCGACACGGACGCGGACACGGACACGGACACGGACAGGAAGGACAUGCAGACGGACAGGAAGGUCAAGCGUAGUUAGAACAUCAAACGGAAAUGUUCCCAAUGUUCCCAAUGUUUCCGCUGCUCCCCAUCAUCCAGCUCAUCCAUCAUCGCUGCUCCCGCAUCAUCUCACAUCUGACAUCUCGCAUCUCGCAUCUUCAUCUCUUUGUUCAUUUUCGGCACUUGUCACCUCCGCUGCGCUAUAUACUAUAUACUCUACCAUAUAUACCAAGUACACUUUACACGGAGGCACGUCUAUCGCAUUUCUCGCAGCCAUUUUCACCCGCUUUCCACCCACCAUCACUUCAUUCACCACCCCAACUUUAUACUACUAUUUAUCAUAUAUCGCCACGUCAGCAGAGGGAACCGCAAGUAACUAGUAUUUCAAAGGAUAUCGAAUUUAUGCAGAAAUCUCACCUCGAGAAUGUCCAGCGUCCACUUGGCGACACAUACGUUUAGGGCUAUACGAUAAAGGAGCUCAUCCAAAGAUAAUCGAACGAGAACUCUCAUCGUCAUGAGAUCGAUCCUCUAUAAAAGGCAAUUUCAAAAAGCAUCCGUAAUUGUAUUUACAUAUUACAUAAUCUUAGGGCACAAGCUAUUCACUUUGUAUUCGUGUGCAGUACUUCUCUUGUAGUUUUAUAUGAAUAAAAACAUUUGUACCCAAUAAACGACUAAUAAUGGCAAACACUUCUGACAAGUAAUAAAUGGAAUUUAUUUCAAAUUUUAAA